CUCGGCAGAACAACAGCAUGGGAGAGCAUUGCGAAUAUCAGCUUCCAGGGCGACACAUUUGAGCCCGAAGGCCUCGUCCGCCUGGGUCCGGAUCGCUACGUGAUUAGCUGCGGAGAGUACACGGAGCACACACAGAAAUAUCCUCAUCCUCCUAUCAAUGGCACAGAUCGGACGCCAGGCAAAGGAUUCGCCCAUCUGAUGGUGUACAAUGGAAAGGGGGAAAGGAUCGCCGAUGCGACAAUGACGAGAGAAGGGGAUGCAGAGUAUCACAAUGGCGGGAUUGACUACGACGGACGCUGGAUCUGGGGAACCCUUGCCCAGUACCGGCCAAACAGCACAGCUAAUGUUUACAAAGCUGACCCUUACAGCUUGGAACCUCGUACAAUCUUGCGAUACAACGAUCAUUUGGGCACCAUCGUACGGGAUUCCACAAAGAACAGCAUCACCGCACUGAAUUGGGGAGGCCGAAACGCAUCUACUUGGACUCUCGGAGACGGGGCGAGAGGCAAUUGCUGUCCACAGAGGCCAAAGCCUGGGUCUACUAUCCGCAACCCGAGCUACUUUAUCGACUACCAAGACUGUAAAUGGCUUGGUCGAAGCGAGCUCUACCACGGCGCGAGCGUAAUGCUUUGCUCUGGAGUAGCGACACUUGAGCACGGAUACAGUCUGGGCGGCAUUGCCUUGGUUGAUGCCAAUUCGAUGCAACCUUUGGCUGAAGUGCCGAUUAUGCUUAGGAGCCUUCAUGGAGUCCGAAUGACGCAGAAUCCGGUCGACGUGAGCGUGGAGGAUGGUAAAUUACGAUUCUACUGGCUUCCAGACCAACACAACAGCACAUUAUAUGUGUAUGAAGCACAGCCUGAGAGCCCUUUUGAGUACGGCGGAGGACCAAGUAUCGCUACCUGA